UAAAAACAAAAAAUUGAGAAAGCAGUCGAGUAUAAUACCUGAUAUAGUGAUAUUGUAAAUUUGUAAUUUGAUCUUGGAAGUUGAAAUUGAUAUUGAAUUGGAACAAAAAAAAAAUGUACGGAGUAGAAGGAGGGGAAAGGCCAAAGGGUUAGGUUUCACAAUGAAUUAAUUUGUCAGGUAUUUUUUUUUGGAAUUGGGAAGCUAAGGAAUCGAAAUUGGGAAGCUAAGGAUUCUUUUCCUUUUCCUAAAUUUUCUCUUAGUUAGCCGUAUAAAGCCAUCAGUUUUAGUUUUUUUUUUAUUUUUUUUAUUUUUUUAAUUGGGCUUUAAAACUUUUUCCCCAAAAGUCAUCAGGGGCCAAGCCCAAGGGAACCCCUCUUGGGUGGGUGGUUUUAGAUCUAGGUUUAGUUUGGGAGGGUUAGGGUUAGGUGGGGUGGGUUAAGGUGGGGGCUCUGGUUAGGUUAGGGCUAGGAAGUGGGUCGGGUUUAGAUGGGGCAAUGUUGGCGGUUUUAAAUCUAGGUUUAGUUUGGGAGGGUUAGAGUUAGGAGGGGUGGGUUUAGGUGGUGGCUGUGAACGGUUAGGGCUAGGAAAUGGGUCGGGUUUAGGUGGGUCGUGGUGGGUGGUGUGGUUCAGUUAGUUGGGUGGGGGUGGGGUUGACAGCUGCGUUUUGGGUGGUUGUAGGUGGUGAUACGCCAUGCCGGCGGUGGCGCGAUGUAUUUUUUUUAAUUUCAUGAAAUAAUUUUCCGAUGGAUUUUUCCGUCCGCUUUUCCGACGACCAGUUCCGACGGAAUUCAGGGUGUUUUCGACGGAUUUUUUUCCGUCGAAAAUGGCCGGUUUUCUAGUAGUGUGUGAGCAAUGUUAUCUAUUUAUUUAUUUUUUUAUUUUUUGAAGAAGAGCAAUGUUAAAAGUUGAAACAUGUUACAAGUAUAAAUAAAAAUGGAGAAAGUACCAUGCUCCGUAUAUUGAACUCCCUCGGCAACAAUUUUUCACACAUAUAUUGAGAGGCAAAAGAGGUACGAAUUUAACCAUCCAACUAAAGUCAAAAGAUAUGAUUUGAUAUACAAAUUAAAUGGAGGAUAUGCUACUAAAUAUGUACAACAAAGUUUCACAAAUUCACACUUAGCCUUUAUUUUGUUGAUAUUUUCUUCCUUUUUGAGACCUUUUCCCAUUGAUAUAAGAACAAUGCACAAAAUAUAUAGAUACUACUGACCUAGCUACUGUAUUAAUUAAUUUGCAUCACAAAUUCAAAAAUUCACAUUCAAGAAAAACCAAAAAAAAAGGGAAUACAAAUGGAAACUAUGAAAUUGACGCUAGUUUUCCUCUUUGUUGCGCUUUUCUGUUCAAAUGUUCAUUGUUGGGGCAUUGAUGGUCAUGCAUCUGUUUGCAAAAUUGCUCAGUUGCGGUUAAGCGAUGGGGCAAAUGAAGCAGUGAAGCAGCUGCUACCAGAUUACGCGGAAGGGGACUUAGGGAGUUUAUGUUCAUGGGCAGACCAUGUUAAGUUCCGUUACCAUUGGUCUUCACCCCUCCAUUACAUUAACGUCCCUGAUUCUCUUUGCACUUUCCUGUACAACAGGGAUUGCAAGGAUGAAGAUGGCGUGAAGGACAAUUGUGUUGCUGGGGCUAUUAACAAUUACACCACUCAACUUAUUGCCCAUAAAAGUAACAGUCUUGUUUCAUCGUCUAAUCAAUAUAACUUCACAGAAGCACUUCUUUUCCUAUCUCAUUUUAUUGGAGAUAUUCACCAGCCACUACAUGUGAGUCAUGUUUCAGACAAGGGAGGAAACACAAUAGAUGUGCACUGGUACACAAGGAAGACUAAUCUACAUCACGUUUGGGAUGACAGCAUUAUUGAAACAGAAGAAAAAGACUCGUACAAUACAAAUGUGGAUGACCUCGUUGCUGCAAUCCAGCAUAAUAUUACGAAUGAAUGGGCUGAUCAAGUUCCAGAGUGGGAAAACUGCGAUCAUGACAAACCAACAUGUCCAAACAUAUAUGCAUCAGAAAGUGUAAAUGCAGCUUGUAAUUGGGCUUACAAAGAUGUUGAUGAAGACUCAACACUAGAAGAUGAUUACUUCUUUUCUCGAUUACCAAUAGUUAAUCAACGAUUAGCACAAGCCGGGGUACGAUUAGCUGCCACACUUAAUCGUGUGUUUACUUAACAACUUAACUGGUGUAAUUUGUGGCAAUUUCCGAAUUCGAAUUUAGUAGGCAUCUAAUAAAGGUUGGAUUAUUGGCAAAUCGAUCGAUUAUAAAAGAUUUCUUGUUAUAUUAACUCUAAUACUUGAUGCCCCUUCAUUACUAAAUUUUCUUUCUGUUUUGACUUUUUUUUUUUUUUUUUUUUUUUUUUUUUUUUACCGUUCAGAUAGAAAGAACUUAAGGAAAAGCGUAAGAUAUAUGAUAUUUGGAUCCAGUAAUAGUGCUCGUAUACAAAUGAUUGAUAGGAAGGUGAAAUCUACAAAUUACAUAAUUCUAUGAGUAAAAGUUAGUAUUUUAUUGGCAAUGUCAAAGCUCACUUGAGUAUUAUUGGUGUUGUUCUCUCUUAUUUUUCAAUGUGGGACAAAAACUCUAAACUUACACGUGAGUAAUUUUCCUAACGAUUGAUAACUUAUGUAACGUGUUCUCCAAGGUUCUUCAUACAUGUAUCUUAAUACACUACGUGUAUGUGUAGCUUUGCUCCCAUUUUAGUAGUUAUAUAUCACCUUCCCAUCUCUUUUUGUUUCAACCAAAUUAGCUCAAACAUGGGUUACUCGUAGGAUCAAAACAACACUCUUUUUCCAAAAAGGUAACUUAGGCUACGUAGCAAUGUAUUUUGAGAAGAGACGUUUAUGUGCACUAAACUAUUGGAGUGAAUUGUACAUUUCAUCAGUCUUUGUUUUUUUUUAUCUGGCAAGUUUCCACUAUUUUUCCAUUUUCAAGUAGUGAUUUGUGAAUAUGAGUGCAAUGAUCAACAUUUCCCCUUUUGCUUACUUCUUGUUCUUGGACACUUGCCAAAACUAAACGUGCGUAAUUUAUUAAUUUGCACCUUUAUAUUAAGAAUGCAUGAACGCCUUAAGGACAGUGGUAUAGACGAGAUUGAAUUAUAGAUGUUACAUAGGCUAGUUGGUGUUAACACUCCCCAUUUUGUAGAAAUACAUAGUAUAAACCAUGCAUAUGCGGAUAUGCCCAUAAUAUUACAAUUAUUCCCACACAAAAGGGCAUCUCUUUGCUUUGCCAUUUUCUUUAUCUAUCUAUCUUGAAAAAGCAUAACUCAUGAUAAAAGUUAGAGACAGAUUCUUGUUUUUUGCUACAGAUAUGAUAGAAGAGUCAACAUAA